AUGAGUAAUUCAGGUGAAUUAGAUGAAAUUAAUGAAACAAAAAAACGAUCUGGUCAACCAAGUGAAGAAAUUUGGGAUUAUUUUGAAGAAAAAGGAGAAAGAAUAAGAGGUCCUUGUGGUGGAGUGUGCAAGUUUUGUGGCUGGGAGAAAAGAUUAGCACAACCUAAUGAUAUGAGAGAACAUCUUGCUUUUUAUUGUAAAGAACGCUGGAUGGAUGGACAAGUCCAUCAGGUCAAUCUCUUUACACCUUUAUCAUCAUUACAAAAGACAGGAGAAAUUGUUCAUUUGAUACAAAAUUUGUCAAAAGAAUCCCAUACAGGUAUAUUCCUUUCAGAAAAAAUAAUUGAAGUAAUUGAAAAUGUAGGGGGUAAUGAGAAGUUCACUGCAAAUUAUCAUUUAAAACAAGAAAUAAUUGAAAAUAUGAUACAAGGUGGUGGCUUCAAAAGUUAUUGCAAAGCAAGGUGGACAACUGCUUGGGAUUGCACAGCUUCUGUCCUCAAAUGUGAAAAUGUUUUGAAAAAGAUUGCAGAUGAAAAUCCAGAAUAUCUAAAUGAAGAUAUUAAGGCUAUCAUAACAAGACAAUUUUUUAUGAAUGCUGAAGAAUUAGAAAAAGUAUUGAAACCAAUAAAAGAAGCAGUGAAGUGUUUGGAAAUGAAGUCAACAACUUUAGUGGAUUGUUUUUGUCAAUUAAUAAAAUUAUCAUUUUCACUAAAAAAUCUACCAGAAUCAACAUCCACUUUCCGUAACCAAUGUAUCACUACCUUUGAUAAAAGAUGGAAACAAUUCAAUUUUGAUUU